AUGUCUAACCUACUGAGCUCAGCCAACGGAAUACCUCUACAAGAGUAUGGUGUUACCGAAACUGCAGGUAAAUUUGGAGGCUUAACCCUUUCCCAAGACACCAUAUACUUUGAAAAAUUAGGACACUUCCACCGCGAAGUUAUCCCAGAACGUCGAGUACAUGCUAAGGGCAGCGGAGCGUAUGGGUACUUUGAGGUCACUGCUGAUAUGACAAAGUAUUGUAAGGCAAAGUUUCUGAAUGAAGUAGGAAAGCAAACGCCUGUUUUCGCUCGAUUCAGCCUAGUCGUGGGAGAGCGCGGGUCAUCAGACGUAGCUCGUGAUGUUCGCGGGUUUGCAUUAAAAUUCUACACUGAAGAAGGAAACUGGGAUAUGGUUGGAAACAAUACACCAAUUUUUUUCAUCAGUGACGCCAUAAGAUUCCCUGAUCUUAUACACGCGAUGAAGCGUCAUCCCCAGACAAACCUGGUCGAUCCAACAACAGCCUGGGACUUUUGGAGCUCGGUUCCAGAAUCCACUCAUCAAGUGCUUAUGUUGUUUACAGAUCGUGGAAUACCAGAUGGAUAUCGUCACAUGAAUGGGUAUGGUAGCCAUACAUUCAAGUGGGUCAAUGAUAAAAAUGAGGUCACUUGGGUUAAAUUCCAUUUCAAAACGGAAGCAGGAAUUAAGUGUUUGCUAUCUAGCGACCCAAAACAUUUCGGUGUACUUGACGACCCGGAUUACUCCUCCCGUGAUUUAUACGAGCACAUCGCGAACAAUAAAGAGGCUUGUUGGAAAGCAUACGUUCAGCUUAUGCCCUAUGAUGAUGCUUGGACGUAUAAAAUAGAUCCAUUUGACCUCACCAGGGUUUGGUCCCAUAAAGAUUAUCCUCUUAUUGAGUAUGGUCGUUUGGUUCUCAACCGCAAUCCAACGAAUUACCACGCAGAAGUUGAGCAAGUAGCUUUUUCACCUGCUAAUUUCGUACCGGGUAUUGAGCCAUCACCUGACAAGGUCCUCCAAGGUCGACUUUACUCUUAUAUGGAUUCUCAGUUUUACCGUUUGUGCAAGAAUUACACCACCCUUCCGAUCAACUGUCCGUAUCGGGUAAAAAUACAAAACUAUCAUCGGGACGGUAUUACGCACACUUCUAACGGAGAGAAUAAGCCGACUUACUGGCCAAAUUCAUUCGGUGGCCCGAAUCCAGACCCAGCCUAUAAUCGAUCAGAGUACAAGCUCAGAGACACCAAUGUUGGACGUUAUCCUACAGUAGAAGAUAAACAAGAUUACUUUACCCAGCCGGGAUGUCUUUAUCGUAAUGUGCUGAAAGAGGACGAGCGCCAACGUGUCAUAACUAAUAUCGCAGGCAGUUUAUCUUUUGUAUCGUCUGACCAAGUCAAGGCUCGAGCCAUCAAGAACUUCUAUAUGGUAGACAAAGACUUAGGCACUCAAUUAGCUCAGAAACUAGAUAUUAAAGUUGAUUUCACCUAAGAAGAAUGCUGCCAUAUGCUUGCUUAUAGCACCAAGUAGUUGCUCUUUUAUUACUUAAAAACCCCUACCGCAACGCUUUGGUGUAAUUAAGGCAAGUCUGAUUUUGGUUCUUACAUAAAAUUGUGGUACCAAAAAUUUUCAGCCUCUCAA